CUAGCUUAGGUCAAGGAUUUAGGGUUCUUCGUUAUUUCUUCGCUAUGGAGGGGGCCUUCCGUUUGGCGCUUUUGUUGCUGCUCGCGUCUCAGGCGCUCGGAGCUGUGGACGAUCUUCCAGGAUGGAUGGGGGAAACGCACUCCGUGGAUGGAAAUAUUAGAUCUGUGACCGACAAGAGCGAUCAAUCCAUAGUGGAUCCGACCAAAGUCAUCCAACUCUCUUGGAAACCUCGAGCGUUCUUGUACAAGGGAUUUAUGAGUGCUGCGGAGUGUGAUCACGUCGUGAAGAUGGCGAAGGAUAAGCUCCAAAAAUCUAUGGUGGCUGACAACGAGUCUGGCAAGAGUGUCCUUAGCAACAUUCGAACGAGCUCUGGAAUGUUUCUUUCGAAAGGACAGGAUGAAGUGAUUAACAGGAUCGAGGAAAGAAUUGCCGCAUGGACUUUCUUACCAAAAGAGAACGGUGAGGCCAUCCAAGUCCUACGCUACGAGUUUGGCGAGAAAUAUGAGCCCCACUACGACUACUUUCACGAUAAAUACAACCAAGCUCUCGGUGGCCAUCGUAUAGCCACCGUCCUCAUGUACCUCUCGGACGCUGUCAAGGGAGGCGAGACAGUUUUCCCCUCGUCAGAGGAGGACACCACUGUUAAGGAUGACUCCUGGUCCGACUGUGCAAAGAAAGGCAUCGCAGUGAAACCACGCAAAGGCGAUGCUCUUCUGUUCUAUAGUUUACAUCCGGAUGCCACUCCGGAUGAAUCGAGCUUGCACGGCGGGUGUCCGGUGAUAGAAGGCGAGAAAUGGUCGGCCACCAAGUGGAUUCACGUUCUUCCAUUCGGGAAGCCCAAGAAAGAGGGGUGUGCCGACGAGAAUGAGAAGUGUGGAGAAUGGGCUGCAUAUGGAGAGUGUGACAAGAAUCCAAGUUACAUGGUUGGCACACAGGAAUGGCCAGGAGCGUGUAGGAAAAGCUGUAAAGUUUGUUAAACAAAACUUUAUCACAAUAAUUUAUUAACAUAAAUUAACAUACUGUGAAGUC